GAAUUUAAUUGAUCCCGGCAAACCGCGACCACCUCUGAGGUUGUUUCCCCAGAAUUCACAACGCUGAGUAUCUCGGGUGCCUUUUUUCGCCCUUGUACAGAUUUUCUUCUCUCUCCAGAAUACUCUUAUUCACGGAUAAAGCAGCAGGAAUCCAAAUGAAACCGGAGUAAUUAUCUCUGCAUUGUUGUGGAGGCAGCUCGGAGGAGGGAAUGGAUGCGAGCAGGCGAGCAGAGGCGCACCGAGGCAGCUUUCUGACAGAGCCAGCUCCUCUGUGAUGCAGCUGUUUAUGCUGGCUGUGAAGAAACCCAGGACACCCCGACGACCGCUUCUUCAACGCUAACGGGCGAGAAAUCAGCGACUAUUUGUUAUUCUGCACGUGUUUGGGAUUGCAUAGGAAGAGCUUGGAAAGCCAUGUAGCCAGUGUGCACACACAGAGAGGGAGAAAAUAGCCUAUACCGCCGAUUUGAUUUUUCUCAUUCAGCUUUCCCUGUUUUCCUCGCCGAGGUGAUUUGUCCGUUUGUUUUCUUCAUCCUCAGUCGUGAUCUGCUGGGUUAUUAUUUUUUUUUCAGACCUGCCCGGUGCUUUUUCCUUUUUUUGUUUUGAGCGUGGAAGCCAAAUAUCAACUCGGUAAUAUUGCAGAAGUGUGCGAGGAGAGGACAGCGUUGGCAUCUAUCCAUGCGCGCUCCACACCGGGCUAUUUAUUAUGGAACUGUGACCCCAGCCGAGGUACUACACAUGCUUUCCACAUCUACACUUUCUCCGGGUGUUUUCAUGUGAGGACGCGGGUAUUUUGAGAAGAUCUUGGGUAGGAAAAAAUGCUCUAAAUGUCGGGAUAUUUUGCCGGCUGUCAGUGACGCAACAUCUCACACAGACUGCAUGAGAAAUACAUGCGUAGAAGGGCGUGAACUUACAGACACUAACCUCCUUCCCACUAAUAAAGCAUCUGCUUGUCUAUAAAGCCACUUCCUCCAAUCCCACACCCUUCAUUCAUCUAAACUCAUCCAGGGGACAUAAUGGAUCUCAAAGCGGACUCGGAGGACAUGGACUACAAGGAGCCGGCUCCCAUUGAAGUUUUCGCCAGCAGGUCCACGCUGCAUGGCAUCUCGCACAUGUUCACUUAUGAGCGGAUGUGUAUCAAGCGCACCCUGUGGAUUUUGUUUUUCCUGAGCUCUUUGGGUGUGCUGAUGCUGGUGUGUGUGGACCGGGUGCAGUUCUACUUCCAGUACCCCCAUGUGACUAAACUGGACGAGGUGGCAGCUCCGUGGAUGGUGUACCCCUCCGUCACCUUCUGCAACCUGAACUCCUUCCGCUUCAGCCGGGUGACGCGCAACGACCUGUACCACGCUGGGGAGCUCCUUGCCUUGCUCAACGGCAGGUACGAAAUCCGGGACCCCCACCUGGUGGAGGAACAUGUCCUGCAGAUCCUGAAGGAGAGGGCCGACUUCGACAACUACAAGCCCCGCCCCUUCAACAUGCGUGAAUUCUACGACCGAACAGGCCACGACAUCAAAGACAUGCUGCUGUCCUGCUUUUACCGGGGUUUGGAGUGCAGUGCUGAAGACUUCAAAGUGAUAUUCACGCGCUAUGGGAAGUGUUACACCUUUAAUUCAGGUCAGGAUGGACGACCCCUCCUGGUGACGAUGAAGGGAGGGAUGGGCAACGGCCUGGAACUGAUGUUGGAUAUCCAGCAGGAUGAAUACUUGCCUGUAUGGGGAGAGACUGACGAGACAUCGUUUGAAGCUGGGAUCAAGGUUCAGAUUCACACCCAGGAAGAGCCGCCGUUCAUAGACCAGCUGGGCUUUGGAGUGGCGCCGGGGUUCCAGACCUUUGUCUCCUGUCAGGAACAACGGCUGACAUACCUGCCUCCUCCGUGGGGGGACUGCAAGGCCACGCCGAUGGACUCGGACUUCUUCAACACUUACAGCAUCACAGCCUGUCGGAUCGACUGCGAGACACGAUACUUGGUGGAGAACUGCAACUGCAGGAUGGUCCACAUGCCUGGAGAUGCCCCAUACUGCACCCCGGAGCAGUACAAGGAGUGUGCAGAUCCUGCCUUGGACUUUCUUGUCGAGAGAGACAACGACUACUGCGUAUGCGAGACGCCGUGCAACAUGACGCGCUACGGUAAAGAGAUGUCCUUCGUCAAGAUACCCAGCAAAGCUUCGGCCAAGUACCUCGCCAAGAAAUUCAACAAGACAGAGCAGUACAUAUCUGAUAACAUUCUGGUUCUGGAUAUCUACUUUGAGGCGCUCAACUACGAAACCAUCGAACAAAAGAAAGCCUAUGAACUGGCAGGCCUUCUGGGUGAUAUUGGAGGUCAGAUGGGUCUCUUCAUCGGAGCCAGCCUCCUCACUAUUCUUGAACUCUUUGACUAUCUAUAUGAGGUGAUCAAGUACAAGCUGUGCCGAUGCGUGAAGAAGAAACACAAAGGCCGCAACAACAAUGACCGGGGAGCUGUGCUGAGCCUGGAUGAUGUGAAACGCCAUGCUCCUUGCGAGAACCUGCGUACACCAUCAACAUAUCCCGGCAACAUGCUACCUCAUCACCCGGGCCAGGGCAACUUUGAAGACUUCACUUGUUGAGCAGACCCGGGUGAAGCAUCAAGUGCAUGUUAUGCAACCAAAGCCAACCAUAAAACAAGAACUAUCCAGAAUGGGGAGUGCGAGGAACUGAUACAAAGUCUUACAAAGGCACUUUUUGCAUAGAAAGGGAGUAAAGCGGACAAAUCAAAUACUGUCACCCGAGGCCGAGUGGAGAGUGGAGAGGAUUUCCCAAAUAUAAAAAAAAAAUAUCUGUCAAUUUUCCGGAGAACGUUUCACACAGCACUCCAAACUCUUCUAUCUCUGUGUUUUCCUCUGGAAUACUGCCGCAAAGGAUGCUCGUGGAGGAAACUUGCCAACACGGA